AGUGGCAGCCAUGGCGUGUCCGGUUUCUUGCCUGCCUGCGAUAGGCACUGGCAUGGCACAAGUAUAUGGCCUUCGAGAUUUUAAAAUGUUGCCUUUAAUGGCCUUCGAGAUGACAACUUCACGCGCUGUUGCUAUGGUUGCUACAACUCAACGUCACAAUCUCAAAUAUUAUCAAAACCUGACGCAUAUUAGGAAAUGUGGCGUAGUGCUAUGAAGUUGAACAGCACCUAAUAACAAUAGGAUGCUUUUCCUUCCUCCAUGCACCUGCGUGAGGAGAGUGGCAGUCGAUGGUAGCCGUAAUCGCCCGCAUAAUACGCAGCCAAUCCAAGCCAACAUAAAUUUCGCAUUUCUUAAACGGCCUGCGCUUCUCUCCUGCUUUUUGGUGUUUUGAGUGUUUGAGCUACUGUUCGUACGUUGCAUCCGCCUUUUGCCUGUGAACGUUACUUGGCUUGUGUGUACCUAGCAGUUGUCAGCCUGUGAACUUUUCCCAAAUGUGAACCUGGUUGUAACCGACUUCUAGGCUCGGCUGCACUUGUAUGCAGAAUUAAGAUGGCGGCUGCAUGUUCCCCGCCGUGGCACCGCAUCGAAGACUCGCCAGAUGGCGACUCUGCGGGUAGUCCUUCUGGCUCAAAACUGGGGCCGACCGAUGCUACGCCAGAACGACCGUCGAGCCGCAACACCAGCUCCCCGGAAGAUAGCUGCGCCAUUUGCUUGGGAGCGCCUCAGAACAAAUCAUUCACCGACAGCUGCUUUCACCAGUUCUGCUUUGCCUGCCUUGCUGAGUGGGCCAAAGUCAAAGCCGAAUGUCCCCUCUGCAAGCAGCGGUUCAAGAGCAUCAUCCACAGCGUGCGCUCGCUCGAAGACUACGACCAGUACUUUGUCAGUGACCUGCAACGUGCCCCGGCGUAUUCGAUGCAGGUGGUUUUUGAGAGGAGGUUUCGGUUCUCCACCACGAUGACCGCCGAGCGGCGGCAGGAACUGGAGGCAAUGCGGCAGCGGCAAGAGCGUGAGAGGCAGACUCGGCACUCCUCCGCAACUCGCCGAAAUCAGAAUCGCUACCUCCCCAGGGGGGCCACAACAAGUGUCGAGAGGUUUCAGCUGUAUGCAUCAGACUUGUGGGCUGUUCCAAGCUUGGCGCAAUACCGUGAAGCAUCGCCCGAGUUCUACCGUGAGAACCCGGCUUGCACCCACCGUUUGGUUCCCUGGCUCAACCGUGAGCUUAAUGCAUUGAUGCAGCAGAAUCGAAGUCGUAUAGUGGCUGCCAUGGAUCACGUCAUGUCGUUAAUCCUGAAUUUAGACAUCAGGCAUCCUGACUUUGCUCAGAACAUAGAACCUUUCCUCCAUGACCAUACAGAGCACUUUGUCCACGAGUUCUUUUUAUUUGCUACAUCAGUGCAUGACAUGGCUGCAUACGACCAACACACAGCGUACACCUCGCGCUCCGAGGCUUGCUCUCGGGCGGACCCUGUCAGUUGGUUCAGACGGUCCUUGCGAGAGUCGGAACGAGCAGCUGCGCUGGAAUCGCACGCUGCACCAGUUGCUGAACGGCAUGACUCACCUCAACCGGGCCCCAGCGGACUCGCUGUCGCAAGGGAGGUGGUGGUUGCAACAUCCGUGGACAGCGAUAGUGACUCUGACAGCUCGGACUGCAUUGUGGUGAAAGUGGUCAAGCCGGGGGAGAGAACUGUCGUGAUUGAUCUGGUGUCUUCUGAUGAGGACGAUGCCUCUGCACGUGGAAGUCGUCAGGCAGGCCCAUGCAACCAGGAUGCGAGACCGAGCCGUUCAAGUCGGCCAUUGGAAGACCGUAAGCCUGUCGAACGUCAUGCCGCAAGUGACUCAUCGUCGAGCGACACAGAUGACAAGUAUCCUCUGAGACGGCACUCACAAGGACAUGCACAAGAGCAUUCAAAGCCAGCGCGCGACAGGCGACGAACUCCAGACAGCCGUGGGUCUUCCUCACGGUCUCGGCAAAGGCGGCAGAGACACGUGCGGCAUGCUGCAGACACAGGCCAUGGCUCAAACAGCCGGAGUAGUACGACGUCGGACGAUGAUAGCCAGCACUCUGGUCGGCGGAGAAAGCUGGUCAGCGUUGUUGGUGCUGUGAAUAUCGCUAGUAAGUCGCGCGACGCAUCACACCACGAGCGACAUCAUUCCCGCCACCAUCGCCACGAGCACAGGUCUAGGAAAAAGUCUACGAAAAAACAUAAGCACAAGAGGCACAGUUCCUCGCGUGAUUUUUAGCUCUAUAUGUUUAUGUAUAUAUGUAAAUUAAAUCGCAGCUUUUUUUAUAUA